CUCCGAACCCGACACUUAAGCCCGAAAACGCAGGACUCUUCCCGGUGCCCGGCGGGAGCGGUGGCGUCGCCCGAAGGACGUCUCCAAGGUCGCACACGGCCUGCCAGUUGGUGGCAGGCAUUGCAUGCAACGGUUGGCACUGCGAGUGUCAAGGGGCAGCCCAACAACAGUUGGGCGGUGAACACGCUCGACGCCGCCGCCGCGCCACCAACAACAAAAAUGCCGUCGCUCGGCGACGUCCUCAAGCAGGCGAAUGCCCCGACACCGGCCCCACCGGUGCCAAGGGCGGGCCUGCGCAAGGCCUUCCCCAAGGAAACGCGGGGCAUCAAGAAGUCAGCGGCCUUGCAGCGCCACGAGCCCUUCGCGCAGCACCCCGAGUGGGCGCCCAGGGACUAUAAGUCACAGUCGCAAGCGGCGUUCGACGCUCCUGUUGUCUCGAGGAACGCGGAGAAGCCGACGCUGAGCACGGAGAUGCUGCAGCGGUCGUCUAUUGCACCGCAUGUGACCGAGAAAGCGCUGACGUCGACGACUGAUAGGAAUUACGCGGAGACGUUGCGAGCGCACGGCGCGCGGCCGAAGCAUAGACAACCUUCCGGGCGCGCGGGCCCGACGUGCGUGACGCCCCAGAUGCGCCUCACGUCCAAGGACCUCCAGUUCCACACGCGCAUUUUUAGAUCCGACAGCGAAGAAGAUCGCUUCGUGACGCAAAUGCGCGACGCGCACAAGAAUCACGGCACGGGCCACCGGCCACCGGCUUCUAGAACGAGGCAGGACCUCUUCCGGUCGCACAACGUCGCCGACGCCAUCGCCUUGGGCGAGGACAACCGCUUCGUGACGGAGACGCGGCGGCACUUUGUCGAGAAGGACCCGCGGGAGAUCGAUUCGAUGGUCCACGCUGGCGACGCGCGGCGGUUUUCCGCCUUCGAUCGGGUCAAAGCGUCUAGAGAAUCGUGGGAUUAACUACAUUAGUACUC